UAAUACUUCGACCCAUAUAAUUAAAAUUUGUAAUUUCUAAUUACAUAAUUAAUUAUUUUCGCGGGAAGGGGUACAAGCCAGAAGGGGCGGUGAUGGAGGCGAGGGUUGGGUGGUGCCGUCGCAGUCGCAGUGGCAAGUUGCGUAAUAAGCGUGUUCCCCGUGAAUCCUAUGGCACCCAGAGUUCCGACACUAAGGAAGAGAAAUCCAGUGAAUUGAUUUUGCGGAAAAGGAAAACGAUGACGGAAACGAUGCCGGUUCAAUUGAGCUCCGCUCUCUUUCGUAACGAGUUGUUACCAAUUUCUCUUGAGACGACGUAUUCCUGUGUGUUAUCGUUGGAUUCUGAAGACGAAGAUAUUGAAGCGAGAAGUGACAAGUAUGCAAUCAUAGCAUUAAGCAAGCAUAACAAGAAAUAUUCAUCAAACUUUGAGCUAGUUGAGUCUGGCCCCCUUGGAUCGGGAUGCUGUUCGAAAGGCCGUGUUUUGCAUUUAAACUUCAAGGCUAAGAACAAAGAUGAACCUGAUGCUGCAGUUCAGUCUUUUUUCUCUGAACUCAUCGUAACUAACAGGACUGUUGUCUAUCCUGACCGUGUCGUUCUCAUAGGUCCAGCUGACUUAUUACCAGAGAAAGCUGAUACUAAGGGUUGCUUCUAUUGUUGUUCUCGCAACAUUCACCAUCCAGAUCACCGUUUGAGCUUCCGUAGGGGCGGGGAAGAUCAUUGGACAAACUUGUGCUCCCAAAUCGAAAAGUUAAAUACGUACAUAAAGGGGGGAAUAAAAGAAAGCGGUAGUGAAGAAAAGUUUGUUCCUAAGUUGGCGCAUCCUGGAGUUGACUACUUUGGGAAGUCUAUUAAAGGCAUAAAAGAUUCAAAUGUAGCCUUGCGCUUGUAUAAUGAAAGAGAGGGUACAGACUUUGAGCUUGUGUCAGAAGGCAAAUUUGGAUUCACAUUGGCGAUUAUAGGGCGUGUCAUGCAUUUAAAUUUCGAGGCUAAGAGCAAAAAUGACCCUGAUGCUCCAUUACAUACUUUCUUUGCCGAGGUGCUUGGCAAUCGUAAUUAUCUCUAUACUGAGUUUUGCAAAUGCUUGGGGCCAUCUGAUUCUCUACCAGAUAUUAUUGAUCGUCAAGGCUGUUUGUAUUGUGCCGAUGGUGUUCGUCAUCCUCCUGGUCCGGGGUACCUUACUGGACGCGAAGCAAUUGAACGGUAAUUGUGCAAUUGUGGUCCGCCCUUCCUAAUACUGUUUUAACUAAUAACUUUGAGUUGAGCAUGAUUUGUUGAGCUAAUAUAUCCACAUUUAUGCA